GCGAUGCUGUCAGCGAAAGGAUUCACUGUGCCUGAAUAGAAGUAGCGGUCUUAUCCAUCCCAUAUAGACAUGAAAUGCUUUUUCUAAGACAUCUCAGCGGACUUGCCAGUUGCUAGAAGUAGCCUAGUUAUUUAUUUUAUUUCUAUAAUAGGAUAUUAUAAAGUCCAAGAUAUUAGUUUAGUUAUCGACCGGGGUCACAAUGCUACCGUCUUCAUCAUCGGGGCUGGUGCAGAUGGAAGGAUGUGGGGCGGAGGCGCGAGAUACCCAAAAAAUGCAGUGCAUGAAACUGACUGAAGAGAGAGAUGAAGCAGAGAGCCAGCUGAAACACAUCAAGAGAGUUUCCCAAAUGGUGAUCGAGGAGGUGAGCGUUCUGCAGACGCAGCUGGAGAUAGAAAAAUCCUGCAGAGAAAAUGCUGAGGCCCUUGCCACCAAGUUGAACAGUGAGAACAGGAAGCUGAAGUAUCUGAGCCUGUCGUCUCGACCCUGUCUGGAUGAGAUGCUACCUAGUAUCACAGACUGCAUACCUCUGGAAGAGGAGAUGGAAACACAGGACACCAGCCCUGACCCCUACAGCCAGUACCAACAGCAGGGUAAAGAGCUGCAGGAGACAGUGAGCACUCUGCUGGAGGAGAAGAAGUGGCUCGCCUGUCAGCUUCAAGAGCAGCAGAGACAGAUUGAAGAGCUAACAGCCCUGACUGAGAAGGAGCAGGCUGAAAUUAAGGAGCUUCACAAAACCAUGGAGCAACAAGGCAAGACCAUCAAGAGGUUCAAUAGAGUGUCUGUGAUGGCUACUACAGAGUUUGAGGAGAUGAAGGAGCAGCUGGAUUUGGAGCAGAGCCUGAGGGUGAAGGCUGAGACGUAUGCCCACGAGAUGUUGGUGAAGCAGAAAGAGGCUAACAGACAGAGUAUGAUCCUGCUGCAGAACGCUGACCCCAGCCUGCAGCUGAUCAAGGCUCUGGAGGACGUGGCUAAUGUUACCAAGACUCUGGAGCAGGAGAGACUGCAGCAUCACCAGAAGGUGAAGGCUCUGGAGGCUGAGCUACAGGAGUACUCUCUGAAACAGCAGAUAGCAGAGCUGCAGAGCCAGCUGGAACUGAUGGAGGAGGAGAAGAGAGAGACAGAUGGAUGUCUGCAGGAAGUAGAGAAGAAGAACCGUGACCUAGAGAAAAGAGUGCAAGAGCUGCUGCAGGUCCAGAAGAGCGCUGAGCCCUCACCAGGCCAUGAACCAGGGAUCGCCCCACCCCCCGCCCCUGUUCCCCAGCCCCCUCCACCCCCACCACCACCCCCUCCCCCUCCUCCACCCCCUCCCCCAUCGCGAUGCAACCCCCUAAGCUCACUGAUUGCAAUCAUGAGGAAAUCAUCCAAGGGUUCAAAGGGAGGAUCCCCGAAGUUGGAACAAACUCCUGAAGGAGGUGCAGAAGGAGGUGCAGAAGGAGGUACAGAUGAUGUCAAAGUGAAGGCAGUCAAUGAGAUGAUGGAGAGGAUUAAACAUGGAGUGGUUCUGAGGCCUGUCAAGGGAGGAGACACUAAGAGAGUUGCCGUAAAACAACCUCCAGUCAUGGAAGAAAAGUUGCCACAGGAGAGUGCCAUGGAAGAACUGAAAGGCAUUCUGGAGACAGUGAAGAAGAGUCCCAGUCGGGGGUCUCAGGAGUCGGUCCCGCCCCCCCCAGGGAAGAGCCCUGUCAGCAGUGAGCUAGAGGUCAUCCUCAGGCGGAGACGUAAACAGGCCUGUGACUCCAGAGAUGGAGAUGAGAGCAGGGACGGACAAAUAAGCAAGGUUUCGUCCUCUGACAGCCUGAACGGGAGGCACAGCCAGAGCUCCCACAGCUCUGACAGCUCAGGCAAAGAGCCAGAGGGGCCUACAGGACCAGGGCCUGGGCAGAGCCCCAGAGAGCCAGCCUCCCCCAGCGGAAGGGGCCCCGGCCCAGCCGUAGCAGCCAGGCGCAGGUCAGACUCUGGCCAAGAGCCCCAAGCAGGGUCCUGGCAAGACAGGAGGUCCCGUACUUCUUUGUCUGAGAAAGAGGCCUACUCCGAGGCGCCGGUAACCAAUGGAUGCAUUGUCAGUGGGGAGGAGCCUGAGAAGGAGAAGCCUGAGAAAUGGGCACCACCACAGGCCAACGGAAUCAGCCACCUUAACCCUAGUCUGACUAUGGAGACAGACACGCAUGCCACACUGUCUCCCAGCCUCUCCGCAGUGCCCAACCCACUCAGCGGGAAUGGGAGUACAGAUGCAGAGUGUUGAAGGUCGGCUCCAGGG